GCCGUUAGAGGUGUCUAAUGUGGUGCCUCUGAAAGUGACUUUGAUUUGUGGGGGGGAGGAGGAUGGGGAGGAAGAUUGGCUUUGAUGGAAGCCCGCUGGUGUCACCUUUUAUUUUGACAGUCUUUUAAAAAACUGACCAGAAGCACUUGAUUUAACCAGCCAUGGAAACGGAUGAAGGAUUGUUCAUCAAUGUGAACUGCCUGCCUCCUUCGGGGUUACAGCGUUCCAUGCGGCAAAAGAAGCGCUCAAAACGACAGCAUGGCAAGGAAAAAAGGCCUGUGAAAAGAAAAUUUGAGUUGCCUCAGGAAGGGACUCCGCCAAAGCGGAAGCCAGCUCCGCCUUCAACCCAAACCAUGAAACAAAGGAAGGAGUUUAAAAGUGUCAUCAAAGAAGCAGAGUUGCCGGAGUGUCCUUCGAGGAAGCUUUUGGCUGAUGCAAGGGACAGUGACCCCAGAAGCAACAGACCUUAUGUCAAGACUUCCGGCCUCUUCAAAAACAACCCUGAAAUUCCAGACAUUCAGAGAACAUCGGUGAAACAAGUGCAAGAGAAAGUUUUCACCUCGGACUCCUUCGAUCAGCUGGGCCUCCAUCCUCACUUGACUUCAACAAUAACCUCUGUCUUAAAAAUGUCUAGCAUGACCAGUGUCCAGAAGCAGACAAUUCCCGUCCUUCUGCAAGGCAAAGAUGUGCUGGUGAGAUCGCAGACCGGUUCAGGUAAAACGCUGGCCUACGGAAUUCCUCUUGUGCAGGCCUUGCAGAGAACAGUGCCAAAAAUACAGCGCAGUGAUGGUCCCUACGCCCUGGUCCUGGUCCCCACCAGAGAGCUAGCUCUACAGAGUUUCGAAACGAUCCAGAAACUAUUAAAGCCGUUUACCUGGAUUGUUCCCGGCGUGUUGAUGGGAGGAGAAAAGAAAAAAUCUGAGAAAGCCAGAUUACGCAAAGGGAUAAACAUCCUGAUUGCCACACCUGGUCGCCUGGUGGACCAUAUCAAUUCCACCAGAUGCAUUCAUUUCCGCCGCAUCCAGUGGCUGAUCCUGGAUGAGGCCGACAGGAUCCUGGAUCUGGGUUUUGAGAAGGCUGUUGCUGCGAUACUGAACGCCGUAAACACCGAUGGCGAGAAGCGCCAAAACGUUCUUUUGUCGGCCACACUUACGGAAGGAGUCUCGAGAUUAGCCAGCAUCAGCUUGCACGACCCAGUCUGCAUUUCCAUUGCGGAAGAAUCGCUGGGCUCAAACACUUCCGAGGUGGAAGUACAAGCUGAGGAGGCUGCUGGUGGUCCUCCUGCGAGCCUGGAACAGGGUGGGUUUGCUGUGCCGGAAAAUCUCCAGCAGAAUGUCAUGGUGGUCCCGAGCAAGCUAAGGCUGGUGACGCUGGCAGCUUUUAUCCUCAGGAAGUUGAAGUUUGAAAAACGCAACAAGAUGAUUGUCUUCUUCUCGAGUUGCGAGCAGGUGGAGUUUCACCACGCCCUCCUCCAAAGAGUCUUGGCCAGGAAGCCGGAGGCUGGGGGACCUGAGCGGUCGCUGCCGCCUCCUUUGCCCUUGACAUUCGUGCGCAUGCACGGGGACAUGAAGCAGGAGGAGAGGACGUCUGUCUUCCAGGAGUUCUUGCAGUCAAAGACGGGCAUUUUACUGUGCACAGAUGUUGCUGCUCGUGGGUUAGACCUCCCACACGUUACUUGGAUUGUACAGUAUAAUCCUCCAGCUUCACUUGCCGAAUACGUCCAUCGUGUCGGGAGGACAGCUCGGAUUGGCAGUCAUGGGAACAGCCUGCUCUUCCUCGCACCUUCAGAGGCACAAUAUGUCAACGUCUUGGCUUCUCACAAGAUUAAUGUUUCGGAGAUGAAGAUGGAAUCUGUCCUGUCUAGCUUGAUGAAAGAUGAUCGUUUCAAAGGUAGCCAGUGGAGAAAUAAGAAGUUCCACGGUGCAGACCCCCAGGAAGUGCGGCGCAGAGCCACCGUCUUGCAGACUGAUUUUGAGAAUUACGUCCACUCUGGCGUGGAGACUGUCCAGUGGGCCAAAAGAGCGCUGCAGUCCUUCAUUCGGUCGUACGCAACCUACCCUGCCAGCCUCAAGCACAUCUUUCAUGUCAGGUCUCUCCACUUGGGCCACGUGGCAAAGAGCUUUGGGCUCCGGGAUGCCCCUAAGAAUCUCAGUGCCUCUGCUCUCCCAAAGCAAGCCAGAAGCCGGAAGCAGAAAAGGCGUGACCUUCUCAAGAAAAACCGGGGUAAGUGCCGCCGUCUGGCUGAAAUGUUGCAGUCUGAAUACUCGAGUGGGUUGGACUCUGUCGCCUCCAAGGUCAAGAGGAAGAAGAGGCUGACCAGCCUGGGAACUCAAAAGAUGACCUGGGAACGUUUGGGCCUCUCCUGCGGUAGCUGGGACUGAGGAACAGCCGUGAUCUGGGAGCAUGUUGUCGAACAAAGAGAUGUUCCCUGCCUCUUCUGCAAAGACUGUUCCAUGGAAAAGAAGAGUUGUAUUCCAAACAUCAUUGUUCUCUUUCCAGUUGCAGGCAUGUUGGUUGCAAGACGACUGUUUCCCUGAUGCACGCUCAAUCCAAAUUGAUUGCUGAUGAAAACAGAUUGGAGGGCGAUGAAUGCAGAGGGGAGCCUGUAGCCCCUAAAAAAACAAAGGUGGGAAACCUGUGGCCCUCCUGAUGUUGGAGUACAAGUCCCAUCAUCCUGUACCAUUGCCCCAUGCUAGCUGGGGCUGAUUGGAGUUAGGAAUCCAAUUUGGGCGGGCACAGGGAAGAAGCAGCCUUCACUCCUUGCAUGCAAGAGAUGGAAGAAUUCCUCUAUUUAGAAGAGGCAUUCCCUCAUGAGACAGAUGGGAAUGCCUCUCCUUAGACUGGGUUCCCUGUUGCUGAUCUGAGAAGAGGCAUCCUCCUCUCUCACAAGGGAAUGCCUCUCCUAAAUAAGAGGCAUUCUUCCAUCUCUUAUCUGCAUUUAAGGGAUGCUGCUACUUAAUCAGGGAUGGGAGACCCAUCAGCUUUCCACAUGUUGUUGGACUCCAACUUCCAUCAUCCCUUGCCAGUGUCCCACCCUUGGGCCACUAGUUUCCCAUUCCUGCCCUAAAAUAUAAAUCUGACCAUUGGGCGAGCAAAAAAAACCCCAUACUUCUUUUGGUAAACAACAACAACAAAAAUGGGGUGCUGGUACAGGUAAGUACUGUGACACACUCACACAAAAAGCACUGCAAAAAAUAAGACACAAUUUGUUUGGAUAGUUGCCUCUUAAGGGCACCUUCUGGUUUGUAAGUGUGACUGUUCCCCCUGUUAGUUUGAUGCUUGUUAGCUUUUAUCAGUUUUUCUAGAUCAGGAGUGAGGAUCUGUGGCUCUCUCAAGGUGCUCCUGGACUCCCAAUUCCCAUUAGCCCCAGCCAACCCCGCCGACAGUCAGGGCCGAUAGGAUUGUGCAAUCAGAUUUUGGGGAUUUCUUUCCGUUUUUACAUUUCUUCCUGUACCCGGCAUUAGCAACAAGAUACAAUGCAAUAACGAACUAUCAAAAGUUUGUGUGCUUUUUUCUAAUAGCUCAACAACCCUUCUUACGGCAUUCCAUGCAUGGUGUGUCCGGAUUACAAUGGGGGGAGGGACCGUCUCCCCUAUAAAAGCGCAAAAUCUAGAGCAAAAGUUUUAUCCCUCUGUAAUAAAAUUAGAAUGAAUUUGAUAACAA